AGCCAAGGCUGCCGGUUCAGCUUUGCCGCCCUUAAUACUCCCGAUUCCCAUCCGUCCGCUUGCCAAGCGACUGCGUUCUGUCCUUUCGACUGCCUUAUCCAGCAUAGCCUGCGGCGUUUCGAUUUCUUUACCAUCACGAUACCCCACACCGAUUUCAAUAUGCCUGCCGCAUCCAAGAGAAAGACGCCCCCCGUCAAGAUCUCGCCCGUCAACGCCGAUGACUGCUCCCAGUCGCCGUCGGGCAGUGAGGGUACCUCGACGGGAGGUGCAGACAAGACCCCGGCCAAGUUGCACAAGCGGUCUCGCUCUGGCUGCUUUACAUGUCGUCUGCGUCGAAAGAAGUGCGAUGAGAAGCAUCCCUCCUGCGGCGCCUGCGUCAACCUGAGUGUCAAAUGCGAAUAUAAACGCCCGAUCUGGUGGGGCAACGCCGAUCAGAGGAGAAUUCAAAAGGAACGCAUUAAGAACAAGAUCAAACAGACCAAGAUGAAUGAGCGCAAUGGAGCCCUGACUGAUCCCGCCGCUCGCACUCGCAACAUGACGGCGACCUCGCCGACCUCCCCCGAAUACGAGUUCGGUCGCCCUGUCUUCCCUGAGCAGUACGAUAUCUUCGCCUCACAUCUUCCCACUCCGGCCUUGAAUCAACCCAUCUAUGCGCCGACGCACCCGUACGAGAUCGAUGUGAAGACUGAGCGACACACCUUCGUCAACGAUGUCCCCUUGCGCCACGACUCGUGCAGCUCGACCUUCAGCACCUUUGCGCCUCCGCAGUUGAAUGCUCCGUUGCCGACCUUCCCCAGCGAGGAUUGGUUUCACGAUGAGUACUUUGCCGGCGUCCCCGCCCUGCCCGGAAUCGACCCCGCCCUGUGCGAGCAGAGUAUCGGCCAGACGUAUGCCUUGCUGCAAUCCAACAUUCCCGUCAGCGAGCAUGACCGGCCCCUCCUCGACCACUUUAUUCACAAUGUCCUGCGGAUCAUCUUUCCCGUCGUGGAGGCACACCAGCGCGGACACAUCCGAGCCCAGGCCAUUCUGCAAGCCCUGGAAACGAACAAGUGCUACCUCCACUGCUGCCUCAGCGUGGCUGCAAUCCACCUCAAGACCACGGAAGGAAUCGUGGGCGAACAGAUCGACCAUGAUAUCAUGCGCAAUCGUUUCGAGGCGGUUUCCCAGUUAUGCCUGGCCCUGGGCGAAGACACCAACCACGAGGAGAUCCUGGACGCGACUCUUGCCAUGAUCUUCUUCCACUGCUCCGUGGGGCCUGCAGAUGACUACCUGCCGGAUAUUCCGUGGUUCGAGCACUUCCAGGCGGCCUCCAACCUGGUGCAUCGGCUCGGUCUUCCCACGGCCAUUCCCGCCUGUGGGAACCCGUACAUGCUCCCCCCAUUUACCAUGACUCUGGCCUCGUGGAUUGACAUUCUAGGAUCGACCAUGCACGGCAAGACCCCCGAGUUCGCACACACCUACCGCGCCAAGCAUCUGAGCGGCUCAUCCCUGGGGCUCCGCGAGCUGAUGGGCUGCGACGAUCGCAUUAUGUACCUGAUUUCCGAGAUCACGUGUCUGGACGCGCUGAAGAGAGACGCCCGAAUCGAUGAGAUGGGGGUCUGCUCUCAUGUGUCGGCUCUGGGACAACAAUUGGAGUUUACCGAACCGGUGAAUCAGACGCUCGAAAGCCCUCUCCUGCCGAACGGCGCCUUUUCCCCGGAGCUUCUGACCAAGAAUAUCACCGCUGCUUUCCGCAUCGCAGCAAGAAUCUACCUGUGCAGCCUGGUCCCCGGAUUCGACCGAAACCAACCGAGCACGGUGAACCUGGUGGCCGCGGUCGUCAAUGUUCUCCAAUACAUUCCGUCCGGCCCCGAAGGCUUCGAUCGGUCGCUUGUGUGGCCUCUCCUGAUCGCGGGUUCGUUCUCCGCACCACAGAGCCAUUUCCGGACCGUUCUCGCCGAUCGCGCUGCUGCUCUCGGAGAGCAUGCCGAGCUGGGUAGUUUUGGCCGCAUGUACCGAGUCCUGAAGGAGGUAUGGCGAGUGUCGGACGAGCCUAUCGAGCCCGUGCCCACCCCGGAAGAGCGUCCAUCGUCGUCCGCAUCCUCUGACGGCCCCGUCAAGCGGGAGGAGUCUGAGUCGCCCAAGGAAAGCGUCGAGCCAUGGAGUGCGAAAGAGAUCAAGAAGCCAUUCCUUCACUGGCGGGAAAUUAUGCAGCAAAACGGCUGGGACUAUCUUCUUCUGUGAUUUCUUACAACCUUUUUCUA